GGAGGAGGAGGGAAGGAAGAAGGAGAGGGGCCCGCGCGCAGUAGGGGCGGUAGCAACUCUGCCUCUGCCGCUUCCGUCAUCAUGGCUCACUCCCCGGUGCAGCAGCCUGGCCUGCCGGGCAUGCAGAAUCUGAAAGCAGAUCCAGAAGAGCUCUUUACAAAGCUGGAGAAGAUCGGCAAAGGUUCAUUUGGUGAAGUUUUUAAAGGAAUUGACAAUCAAAGUCAGAAAGUUGUUGCUAUAAAAAUUAUUGAUCUUGAAGAAGCUGAAGAUGAAAUAGAAGACAUUCAGCAAGAGAUUACAGUGCUGAGUCAGUGCGACAGUCCAUAUGUUACCAAAUACUAUGGAUCUUAUUUAAAGGAUACAAAAUUAUGGAUAAUAAUGGAAUAUCUUGGCGGAGGUUCUGCUCUUGACCUUUUAGAACCAGGGUCUCUUGAUGAAAUCCAGAUUGCUACGAUAUUGAGAGAGAUUCUGAAAGGCCUUGAUUAUUUGCAUUCAGAAAAGAAAAUCCACAGAGAUAUUAAAGCUGCUAAUGUCCUGCUGUCUGAACAAGGAGAAGUCAAACUAGCCGACUUUGGUGUAGCUGGACAACUAACAGAUACACAAAUAAAGAGAAAUACCUUUGUGGGUACACCGUUUUGGAUGGCACCAGAAGUAAUAAAGCAGUCAGCGUAUGAUUCAAAGGCAGAUAUCUGGUCACUGGGCAUAACAGCCAUAGAGCUUGCAAAAGGUGAGCCUCCACAUUCAGAGCUGCAUCCCAUGAAAGUUCUCUUCCUGAUCCCAAAGAACAACCCACCAACAUUAGAAGGAAACUACAGCAAACCUCUGAAGGAGUUCGUUGAAGCCUGCUUGAACAAGGACCCAAGUUUUAGACCAACGGCAAAAGAACUCCUGAAGCACAAGUUUAUAAUACGGAAUGCAAAGAAAACCUCUUACUUGACAGAUCUCAUUGACAGACAUAAAAGAUGGAAGUCGGAGCAGAACCAUGAUAACUCCAGCUCUGAAGAUUCAGAUGGGGAAACAGAUGGCCAAGCCUCAGGUGGCAGUGAUUCAGGUGACUGGAUAUUUACAAUCCGAGAGAAAGAUCCCAAGAACCUUGAGAACGGAGCUACCCAGCUACACGAGUGGGAAAGGAACAAGGAAAAUACCAUUCAGAGGCGUCCUUUAUCUCGGUGCUUAUCAACAAUCAUAACGCCAUUAUUCACAGAGCUGAAAGAGAGGAGUCAAGCUUGUGGGGGGAACAUGGGAUCCAUAGAAGAACUGAGAGAGGCUAUCUAUUUGGCUGAAGAAGCAUGUCCAGGCAUUUCAGAUACCAUGGUGACAGAGCUCGUGGAGAGGCUUCAGAGGUAUUCAGUAACUGGAGGAGGAAGCACACCAUCCCACUAAAGUAUUGUUUCAUGGCGUUUGCUUGUUCGAUGUGGCUCCUAUAGGCACCUCCUCUAAUGCUGGUCUGCCACUGUUUCUCUCAGUGGUGAGCUCUCCAGUAUGUGGACAUUCCUGAAGGUGCAGCAACACAAAUGGACAACUUAGCAAGGGCAUUGUUUUUCAGCUCUGUAUAGUUUUUUUUUUUAAAGAAAAAACAAUAAUGCACAUAUUCAAAGGAGGUAUCUUUUUAAAUUUCUGAGAUGUAUAUUUAGGAUUGCAGUUAGGAAACUAAAGCUAUUGUGAAAUCUCAGGUAUCUUGCUUUAAGUCAUUGGUCUUCAACUCAACGAUCCAGAUCCAGAAGCGAUUUACGUCUCAAUCUAAAAGUGGGUGCCCCAAUGGUACGGCCAUUGUUUUCUUUCAGGGUCUUAUUUUAACAAAAUGCGUAAGAUUGGGAGAUGAAAUAAAGGGGUGGGGACUAAGUGGGUAUCAUAUUUUAGGUUGGGAUUUAAGAUGGAUCUCGGACCUGAACAAGUUGAAGACAACUGCUUUAACUCGAUGAAUCUGUGAAUUGGAAAACAUACCAUUGGCUCUGUGUACAGAUUUGUAUAUAGUCACUUUUUUACUCAAAACUUGCUCAAUGUGCAUAUAGAAUCCCUCUGUACAAAUGGCCAAGUUCUCUGUAGAUGAUGCUAGUGAGGUAAAUAUUUUGGCAGGUCACAACUGAUUAUUGGCUUGCCUUUUGUUAUAUGAAAUUUUCGAACCGUAUGACAAGACGUUUGACUUGACCUUGUAUUUGUAGGUCAAAAAGCUGUGCUAUAAAAAAAUCUGGUUUGUACCUCAGGUGCAAAGUUUGCUCUAGUUUUGUUACACGGUGUUAUUCUUUUUAUUAAUCUAGAGUUGGGUUUCUAAUCAUGGUACGACAUUGAUUAUUUCAGUUUCCUGAAUCACUUGGUUUGAGGUUCUCUAAUACUUGUUUGCUUUAGUGGGUUUUUUUUUUUUAAAUCAGUCUAAAUUGUGCCAAUCCAAAGUCUGAAUUCAGUUUUAUUAGGUUUUGUUUUUUUUAAACUUCCUUGUAAAAUCGGAACAUCUCAUACAACUAUAUUAAAGAUAUUUUUUCUCUUGAAACACCACUUAAGAGAUUCUGGCUGGAUAAUGGCAAUUUGUAAGGCGGUGAUCUUAUAAACAAUAUAAAAUGUAUGAAGCUUAUGUAUAUGAAAACUUUUAAUCAUGAUCAUUGAGAGAUACAUUUGAUUUAACUUGGUAUCCAAGAUCCAUUGUUAAGGGGGGAGAAUACUUGAAAUUUCAUCAAAACUUAAAAUAGAUAUUCUCACUGCUGUACUUUAGUUAAAUAUCUGUAUAUUUGCUUGUUACAUCUUUUGUGGUUCAUCUUCUGAACUCAGCCUCUUUUAUAAUGGGCAGAAAUCAGUAGAAUGUCAACCUUUUGCCUAUUGGGAAUAUUUUUUUGUAAAUGCUGUAUAAAUAUCUGAUAAGAUA